GAAAUGUUCUGAAAUCUUUAAUGCCGACACCGUUUUCUCGAUGUAAAGUAGUUUUUGUUUUGCGUGACAGGCACUGUGCGUUAGAUUUUACAAUAUAUUUUACAACAAGACACACGCAUAUUUGUAUUCAUCCAUUCAAAGUGUCACGUGUUUUCUAAUACACCGCUGUCGGCACUUGAAACGGGUGUAGCCCCUGCAGAAAUGAGUCAAAAAAGUGUAUACUAUUUGAUCAAACAAGUUUAUCUACCCUCUUUUAAAAGGAAGUCAGAGUGGGUGAGGGUUAGCCUACAGCCUGUAAAACCCACCACGUUAAGUGGUUGUGGCAGCUUGAGGUCUUUAGAAGCAAAAUGUCUGAGCGUGAAACGAACAAUGUAAACUUAUUUGAAACUUACCUCCUCUCCAACCACCAGUGUUUGGCCUUUGACCGCUAACAAAGCCAUGGAGCCGGAGCUGGAUGUGGACCCCGGCAGAGACGACCUGCCUCUCAGAGCCAACACGAACCACAUACUGGUCAGGCACUACGCACUGGACCUGAGCGUUCUCCUCCAAGAGCAGCUCAUCCGUGGCAGUGUGGUGUUGUUUCUAGAACCUUGCCCCGCUGGGGCAGGAGCUGAAGCAACAGUUAAGGUUGGAGCCACAGGGGAUAGCGAGACUGUGGCUGAGACAGGUGAAACGAGUGGUACUGGAUCUGUCAACCCACCCUCGGAUUUAGUGUCUACCGCAAAAAAAGGAACCACUCAACUGUCACAGACCAACUCCUGCUGGGAGAACGCGAGUCAGGGUGACUUCACAUUAGUGCUGGACUGCUGUGACCUGGUUGUUUUAAAGGUGGAGGAAGUCGAUGUCUCCUCUGUGCCUGAUAUGUCCCGUCUUCUCGAGGCAGUCGGGCCUGAGGGGUCAGCACCCUGCACAGACAGCCAGCCAGCAGUUCUGGUUCAAAGACUCAUCGCCCUUCCCUCUCAUCAGUGGAGACGCCAGCUGCACUUGUACUCCCAGUGCAGCCAGGCCCCUGCGUACCAGGGCGGGAGGCCCCUUCUAUUCCAUACAGAUCGUUGGAGUCUUCAGGUGAGGAAGAGGGGGGCUGGGAGCCCCCAGGGGUUCCCCAGGGCCCUAAGGGUCAGCUAUGAGACCAAGCCAGAGGGGGGUUCCGUCAGGUGGACCAGAGACCAGGACCACAGGAUGUGUGUUUACACUGCCGGUUCUCUGAUCAACAACCGGGCCCUCUUCCCCUGUCAGGAGCCUGCUGUCGCUAUGUCGACCUGGCAGGCCAGAGUUCAAGCACCGCAGGAUUGUACGGUUCUGCUGAGUGGAGAGAAUCAGGCUCUCCCUACUCCCAACCAGAAGACAGGUUUCUCGAGCUGGGAAUACUACGUCACCAUGCCCAUGCCUGCCUCCACGUUCACCCUGGCUGUGGGCCACUGGCUGCAAGCCACCCCAGAUCUUUCCAUCGAAGGGGAGAGAAGGGGGCAGGAGGAGGACAGAGCUGGCUCUGGGGCCGGGUCUGGGGCCUUGGCAGUCCAGGCUGGCAGUCGGGAACCGAGCACCCCAACAGACAUGCACAGCCCAGUGACUACUUGCCCGCACUCUACAUUCAAUUACUCAGGCCUGGAGGAUGAAAGUCCCUCAGUGACCGAUUGCCCUGGCCUGGGUGAUGAAAACAUCCCUUGUUCCCAUGGCGACUAUCCCUGCCGUUUCGCCGACCCGUCUGCCUGGAGGCAGUGGGUGGUCCCUCACCGCGUGUUCGCUCCGCCCUCCCUGCUGCCGAAGGCCCGGAAGGUUCUCCUCCCACUGCUGCCCCGUUGCCUGGCAGCCGCCCACGGCACUCUGGGAGUCCACCCCUUCCCCCGCAUCGACCUCCUUAUCGUCCCAGCAGGCUUCUCCAGUCUGGGCAUGGCCAGACAAAAGGGUCCGGCCAAUGAAAGACUGCUCUGCAUGCCUGCACCUGGACUCAAAGCACAGGAAUGCCCAGCACUCUCUUAAGUAAUUACCCCCCCCCCCCCCCUCCAAACUGGAUUUCUGUCUCUCAGGUUCUCGUUUUCUUUUUUUUUCUUCUUUUUUUAAGGCUUUUGUCACCUCUCCUUGCUGGAGUUGACUUUCUCUCUCCUUCCUACGGUACUUUUCCUAACCUCCCUCCCUAUC